UGCGUUUUGAAGGUUGUAUUUAUCUCGCUAACAUCACAUUACAAGGAGUACACUUGCGGAGGGAUAACAUUCGAAGCCACUGUUGGAGCUAGAAAAAUGUGUGAUGGAUGGAGCCACAGCUCCUCAAACUGACUGAGUUCAAGUAAGGUCUUGUCGGGACAGGGUACGGCGCAUACACGGAUGCGAAAGCAUGGAAUGCAGUUCAAAUAUCUAUGAUCCCCCCACACAAUUGCAACGUGACAGUUCUAAACGUUUCAUUCAAGGUCAACAUUGGACUUCGGUCAGCUGUAACCGUGGACAUUAUCGAUGAUAUUUAUCUUACGGUGGAACAGGAAUUGUAUGAGCAGCAUCUUUUUUUUUUUUUUUUACCGGUCGGCGGUGAGCAAUGACAUCUUUCGCGGAAGAGAUUUAACCUACGCUGUCAGUAUCUGAAGCAAGAUUUCGGACCAAGUUUUCAAUUCAAAGUUGUGAUAUUUAGGAGAGGGUGUGUAACUUGCUACCUAACACAGCGCCGUAGCCGUGUCUUGAGCUCUCGGUUGCCUGGACGGAUAGCUCGCUCAGGCACCUUCGACGUUUCCUGCUUUCGCGAACGUUGUUAGCCAGCUUGCUACAGUACCUGGAACUGCCGCAUCCAUCUCGAAUAUCUCACUAAAGUUACCUAGCUAGCCAGCCAGUUGUCGAACAUGGAUAUGUUGUCGGUCCUUUGGAAAACCAGUUGCGAGUGAGGAAAGUGUGUUCAUUACACCCCCAAAUAAAAUAUAUAUAUUUUAAGUUAUAAAAACGAAUUGCAACAUGUCUGUUCGCGUAGCUUUACACUCACCCACUGGCUCCAGAAGUUUUCUGGAGCGGGGACUCCUACUUCUGGUGAUGUUGAUCUUUCUGGAGGGCACCGUACUGACGCUUGGAGCUGCAAGCUCACCGGACAUCAGCGCCCAGGAAAACACUGGAGGAGGACACGACCGCCGCGACGACCACCGAGGGAUAGCAGGCAGCCACGAACAUACGAACUACACGUACACAAAAAAGGCCUUCCCCGUCCUGUCUCUAGAUUACCAUCACAUACAGGUGCCUUUCGAGAUCUCGUUGUGGGUGUUGCUGGCCUCAUUAAUGAAAUUGGGGUUCCACCUGAUCCCCCGGCUGUCCAGCAUCGUGCCCGAGUCCUGUCUGCUCAUUGUGGUGGGCCUCCUGGUCGGCGGCCUCAUCAAGCUGGCGGGCGAGGAGGUACCCCCCGUGCUGGACUCCAACCUCUUCUUCCUGUGCCUCCUCCCCCCGAUCAUCCUGGAUGCGGGCUACUUCCUGCCCAUCCGGCCGUUCAUGGAGAACAUCGGCACCAUCCUGAUGUUCGCCGUGGUCGGCACCCUGUGGAACGCCUUCUUCGUAGGGGGUCUCCUCUACGCCGUGUGCCAGAUCGAGGGCACAUACCUGAGCCAGGUGGAGCUGCUGCCCUGCCUGCUGUUCGGGAGCAUCAUCUCAGCCGUGGACCCGGUGGCCGUGCUGGCUGUGUUUGAGGAGAUCCACAUCAACGAGCUGCUGCACAUUCUGGUGUUCGGAGAGUCGCUGCUCAAUGAUGCCGUCACUGUGGUCUUAUACCACCUGUUUGAGGAGUACUCUGGCGCAGGUGAGGUAACGCUGAUGGACGUGGUCCUCGGGGUCAUCUGCUUCCUGAUUGUGUCGCUGGGCGGCAUCGCCGUGGGCGCCAUCUACGGUAUCCUGGCGGCCUUCACCUCCCGGUUCACCUCGCACACCCGCGUCAUCGAGCCCCUCUUCGUGUUCGUUUACAGCUACAUGGCCUACCUCUCGGCCGAGAUGUUCCACCUGUCUGGAAUUAUGGCGCUGAUUGCAUGCGGCGCUGUGAUGCGACCCUACGUGGAGGCCAACAUAUCCCACAAGUCCCACACCACCGUCAAGUACUUCCUGAAGAUGUGGAGCAGCGUGAGCGAGACCCUCAUCUUCAUCUUCCUGGGCGUGGCCACGGUGGCCGGGCCGCACGCCUGGAACUGGACCUUUGUCUCCGUCACCGUCAUCCUUUGUCUGGUGUCACGUGUCAUUGGCGUGGUGGGCCUUACCUUUAUCAUCAACAAGUUCCGCAUCGUCAAGCUGACCACCAAGGACCAGUUCAUUGUGGCCUACGGUGGCCUGCGAGGGGCCAUUGCCUUCUCCCUGGGCUACCUGCUAGACAAGGACCUCUUCCCCAUGAGGACCAUGUUCCUCACCGCCAUCAUCACCGAAAUCUUCUUCACCGUGUUUGUACAGGGCAUGACUAUCAAACCCCUGGUGGACCUGUUGGCCGUGAAGAAGAAGCAGGAGGCCAAGCGCUCCAUCAAUGAGGAGAUCCACACCCAGUUCCUGGACCAUCUGCUGACUGGCAUUGAGGACAUCUGUGGACACUACGGCCAUCAUCACUGGAAAGACAAGCUAAACCGCUUCAACAAGAAGUACAUAAAGAAGUGCCUGAUAGCGGGCGAGCGCUACAAGGAGCCGCAGCUCAUCGCCUUCUACCACAAGAUGGAGUUCAAGCAGGCCAUCGAGCUGGUGGAGAGCGGCGGGGGCGUCAAGCUGCCCUCCGCCAUGCCCUCGCAGGUCUCCAUGCAGAACAUCCAGCCCAAGAAGCUGCCACCCGCUGUAGCAGAGCGGGCCCUGCCUCAGUUCACCAAGGGCCGUGAGGAGGAGAUCAGGAAGAUCCUCAGGAGUAACCUGCAGAAGACCCGCCAGAGGCUGCGCUCCUACAACCGACACACUCUCGUGGCUGAUCCUUUCGAGGAUGGAUGGAACGACUUCCUCCUGAAGAAGCAGAGGAUGAUCGAGCUAGAGAAGAAGAUGACAGAGAUGAGUAACUACCUCACGGUCCCUGCCGCACCUCCCGACUCCCCCACCAUGUGCAGAGCCAGACUGGCCUCGGACCCCAACGCCUUCUACAACAUCAAGGCGUCUUCAGAAGGCGUCCCCACCAUCCAGGUGGACCUAGCCUCCCCCCAGUCCCCGGACUCUGUCAACAUGCUGAACGAGUUCUCCAAGCGGGGUGCCACGGACCAGGGCCUGGGUCAGAGGCAGGGGGCCACCCGGGAUGAGGACCAAGGCCUGAUGAUGAUGAAGCUGUCCUCAGCUGGGAAAGAGGAGAAGGGAGAGGAAGAGGGGGGAAACAAGAACCCAGGGCUGAUGAGGUGUCUGAGUGACCCGGGCCCUAGUAAUGAGGAUGAGGAAGAUGAACCAUUCCUUCCCUAAAAAACAACUAGCUCCUCCCAUUGUGAGGAAUAGGGAGGGGCCUGGUUGCAACAGCUCCUCCCCCUGAGCGGGGCACUACAGGGGAAAGGUCCUCCUCCUUUCACUCCACCACCACCUCAUUUGAGUUUGCUAUCCCAUUGGUCGAGGAACCAAUAAAGCCAAAACUGUUAAGGACAUAGGACAUAACUUGUUUUAUGAACCAAAAGAGAAAAGGAGACUAAAUAGCCAUCUUUUUUCAAUAAGUUUUCAUUGCUCUUUUUUCAUUUUUUAAGUGAUAGGAAGGAAGCUCGCCGCCUUGGGUGAUCUUGGGUUUGGUGGGAAUUAGCCCGAAUGACGGGGGAACCUAAUUAUGCGUUACCAAAGUUUUGGACUGGUGACAAUGUUUCACAUUUGUUUUCAUAACGUUUACGAUCGUUCUUCUACUUUCAAGAAAAGUUUGCCUUAUUCUUUUUGUCAGACACAACUCCUUUUCACUUGGUGCAUUUGAUCACACAAUUAACGGCUUGUUUUGAAUUUCAGGGUUCAUUUGAGACUGUUGUUUAUGUGGUUGUCUUUUGUCAUCGUUUGUCAUUCAGUUGGUCAGAGUUCUACUUGGUGUACUCGGUGCUGUACACUGGAUGUACUUCACACUGUAAUGUCUUCACUGUGCUAAUCUCGACGGACCUCUCUCUUCACCACCUCGCCUAUGGAGACCCUAAGGCAAGCGCAGGCUUGGAAAUGUUGAGAUGCAAAUCUGGCAUCGCCUCUAUAUCGCCUCUAUUUUAAUCCUCGGCAGCAUCACCGAGACGUGUAUGCUGUGCAGUAUAAGCUCAUUUACAUAAAAGAAGGAUUGUGAUGCAACACCAAGAGAUUUGUUGAUCUUGAAUGGACCUAACUCCCCUAUAUAUAAGCCAAUCCCUAAAAUCACACCAAAUACUGUUAUCCUCCUGACACCCAGCCAAAAAAAGGUUUUGUAAUGUCUUAAUUUUGUGUUUUGAGUUCAAAUAAUUUACAAAGAGAAAUUUGCAUGUGCGCUGUAGUGGACAAAAAGAAACGGUUGAUAGUAAAUAUGAAAAAUGUAUAUUACAGUAAAUGGGUACAGUAGGUAAACAUAUUUGUCACAUGUGGUCCUCUAAACCAGCUCUUAUUUAAACGUGGGAAAAUGAUUACACUGCUCUGAAAACUCACCAAAUUAUUUCUAAGAUAUUUACUCGAAGCAAUUUGAAUAUCAAACUCACAAAAAUUAUAAUUACGCACACUUCUCUUCUUACCACAACACAUGCUAAUUGUGUUGGCAGCCAUUUUGAAACCCCAGGAAGAGAAAGUUAUCCACUCAUGUGAUAUCAUUGAAAAACCCAGAAUGUCCUCUCUGGUACAACAGGACUUAAUGCAGUGGCAUGUUAAAGAGAGUGUACAAAAAUGAAUUGGUGGGUCUCAGGAGGAUAUGUUCCCUUUAAGAAAAUGCUCUAGUAUGGGCCAUUUCAGAACCAUUUUGUGGUGUUUUCUCCGUAUUCUCUUGCCGGUAGUCGCAUCUUACAUCUUAUGGGUUUGAUCUGUUCUUUACUCUCUUGCACCUUAUUUACAUCAGCUGUUUUUGACAUUUUUAAAAGACCCUGUUGCCAGUUUAACGUUCCCCAUUGGUUCUUAGCACUCCCCUUUUGAAAAUCUAGUGUUCCAUAGACAUUUGGCUCUUGCUAGGUAGUUUGUCCUAGGAGAUGGACAUUUAGCCAGCUAGCUCUUGCUAGGUAGUUUGUCCUAGGAGAUGGACAUUUAGCCAGCUAGCUCUUGCUAUGUAGUUUGUCCUAGGAGAUGGACAUUUAGCCAGCUAGCUCUUGCUAUGUAGUUUGUCCUAGGAGAUGGACAUUUAGCCAGCUAGCUCUUGCUAUGUAGUUUGUCCUAGGAGAUGGACAUUUAGCCAGCUAGCUCUUGCUAGGUAGUUUGUCCUAGGAGAUGGGCAUCGGGUUGUUAUUUUACCCGACAUGCAUAUGGUCCUAAUUAUUAGCUGGUUCUUUGUAGAACUUUUGACCCGGAGUGUUUCUCUACUCCGACGUCUAAUCCGUAGAUGAAAAAGGGAAACCUAGUUCGUUUUUAGUUCGUUAUCUUUAGUGAAUCUCUCCUCGUUUUGUCUCUCAAGCUUUCGCGUGGGUUUGUGUCUUCCUGAUAUCCAAUGAGGAGGGGACUUGCAGGGCGCGACUCUAAUAGAACAAAGUUGUAUUUUAGCUCUUGGCUACGCAGACCCUUCGUCACACGAGCGAGCACCACAUGGCCGGUGAAUGAUGGCCUGGAGAUACAGGCAUGAGGACAUGGGCAAAACUAGCUAUUCAAUGCAGUAUAUUGGUGUAAAAUGUACAUAGGGAUUAUUUUGAUUAUAACCAUUUCUAAUUGAACGAUGCCCUUUAAAGCAAAUGCCAUGCUGUAAUGUCGACGCAAACGAAGAGGACAUUGCUCCUCUGCUAACAUUUGAGGUCUAUAACCAUCGAUCUGUGCGCUAGCUAGUUGUAAGCAAAUUCACACCCGAACGCAAGAGCCAACACCUAUUCUGCUCGCACGACAGCGUAAAGCUAAACUAGGGUUUGCGUAAGACUAUGAAAACCUUGACGUGUACAGUAUAUGGUUGUAUAGGUAUUAUGUAUACAGUACAUUGCUUCUCUUUUCUACACAAAGCCAUAAGAUCAAAAGGAACAAUUGAAUAGUUGAUUUGAUUUUGAGUCAAAAGACUGCAUGCUAUAUAUUGUCAAUGUGAUUACUGUCGCUCAUCGAUCUGAACAUCUCAAGGGGACAUUCAACCACUUUUAGGUGCAAAGUACAUUGCACCUAACAUUGAUUCAAUAGCAUAGCAACCCCUUAACCCACCUCCUGUACAACCAACUUAGAUUUGUAGCGUGAGUGACAACUUUAGCUGGAGUCUGUAACUGUCUCAACUAGAGAAGCCUAAGGAUGUCCAAGACCGUGGCCUAGUUUGCUGGUUGUCACCUUCCUCUCUGACUUCCAUGUAUUGUCACUUUACGCCCAUAAAGAGAGCGAGCGAGAGAGUCUUGUUACAGCUGAGGAGAGGAGGGAGGAGAGAGAGGGGUCUCCUUACAGCUUAGGGGAGGAGAGCGAGAGGGAGGGAGAGGUGCAUUGUGGUUACUGAGGUUACGGUAGAGAGGCGAACAUGAGGACGGGGUGACGACGUAAUGGCGUGCUUCUAAGAAACUGUGGCCACUCGUGCACAUAAAGUACUACAUCGUGUGUGUGUGUGUGUGUGUGUGUGUGUGUGUGUGUGUGUGUGUGUGUGUGUGUGUGUGUGUGUGUGUGUGUGUGUGUGUGUGUGUGUGUGUGUGUGUGUGUGUGUGUGUGUGUGUGUGUGUGUGUGUGUGUGGUGUUCUCCUUUCAUGUCCCCAUUCGCUCACAUGGGCAUUGCAGUGGCGGAUACUUGUAGGUUGAGUCCAGGAAGGUAAAAUAGAUCUUCACUGAAACCAAAUUGAAUGAAUGAUAUGUUGAAAUGUCAGAGCUUGUUGUCAAAGACAGGCUGCUUCGGCUGUGAGAGUUAGACGAGGACAAUGUCUUAUUGAUCAGAGAGGGGUUUAAAAUGAAGCUUUACUUAAUGAUUGACAUUUGAUACUUCCCUGGCAGAUUUUUCUCUCCAUUGUAUUGUUAUUUAAACGACCAGAAAUGUAGUAUAGUAUGAACAUGACAUUUACAAGGUUUCCAAAACAGGUUCUGUAAGUGCAGCCAUAGAAAGUCAACGUUAGCUUGGCAACUAGCCUUGGAAAUGGUUUCUAAGCCCCUAUUUCUUUUAAAUUAGCCUUCGUGCUAGUGGAAGAGCAGUUUACCUCAACGCUUUCCCAUCGCUCUUUUAUUUGGCCAUCACUUAAAGACCGUCAAUGGUUUCCUGCUGGAAAGGAGGAACUACUGUUAUCAUGAGUGUUCAGAAGACCGAUCUUUAAAUUUAUACUGAACAAAAAUAUAAGUGCAACAUGCAACAAUUUCAAAGAUUUUACCGAGUUACAGUUCACAUGAAGAAAUCAGUCAAUUGAAAGCAAUUCAUUAGGCUCUAAUCUAUGGAUUUCCCAUGACUGGGAACCUGUUGGUUCACGAUGGGCCUCAGGAAUUUGUCACCGUUUUUUUUUGAGCAUUCAAAAUGCCAUUGAUAAAAUGCAAUUGUGUUCGUUGUCCGUAGCUUAUGCCUGCCCAUAUCAGAACCCCACCAACACCAUGGGACAUUCUGUUCACAACAUUGUCGUCAGCAAACCACUCGCCCACACAACACCCUACAUACAUAUGAUGUGUGAUUGUGAGGCUGGUUGGACGUACUGACAAAUUCUCUAAAACGACAUUGGAGAGGUGGGUUAUGGUAGUGAAAUGAACAUUCAAUUCUCUGGCAAAAGCUCUGGUGGACAUUCCUGCAGUCAGCAUGACAAUUGCACUCUCCCCCAACUUGAGACAUCUGUGGCAUUGUUGUGUGACAAAACUGCACAUUUUAGAGUGGCCUUUUAUUGUCCCCCGCACAAGGUGCACUUGUGUAAUGAUCAUGCUGUUUAAUCACCUUCUUGAUAUGCCACACCUAUCAGGUGGAUGGAUUAUCUUGGCAAAGGAGAAAUGCUCACUAACAGGGAUGUAAAACUAAUAUGUGCACAAUCUUUGGCGAAAUAACCUUUUUGUGCGUAUAUAACAUUUCUGAGAUCUUUUAUUUCAGCUCAUAAGACAUUGGACCAACACUUUACAUGUUGCGUUUAUAUUUUUGUUCAGUGUAGUUGCCCGGUGCAUGUAGGCUAUCUUAAAAUCAUAGUCAGGGUGUUUCUCACCCAACCAUAUUGUGCACCAACACAGAUUUUUCCAUCCAAACAGUUUUUGUAUCGAAGCAAGCCCCGGUUGGUGUCUGAAAAUCAUGCAGUGUGUUUGUAACACUCUCUGCAUCGUUAUGUUUUCGUUCCUUGCAGACAACUAAAUCUCAAGCCAUACAACCUGUCUAGGGACUUUAAUAUUAAUUGGUGUGUGACAAUGCUAUGUCUGUCACGUUGCAGCAGCCUUUGUUCAAUAUUUCCUGUAGGGAAGGAAGGUGAACGUUUUAGAAGUGGCUUCAAUGUCUUGCUUCACUGAUUUCCUUAAUUGUUCAAAUGCAAAUUAAUUUUUGUUUCCUUUCUCAGCUCCACACUGAAUCAUUUUUUACAUUUUAAUGGAUUGUUGAAGCAAAGUCUGUAUAAAUUCUCUGGCCUCGUUUGGAAGUGGGUUCAGGAAUCACAAGGAGGAGGGUUACCCAGGACUAAGUUUGGCCAUGCUUGUGGUUCUGUCUGCAUUAUGCGUGCUUUACAUGUGUUUAUUUGUAUAAUUGCUGCUACUACAUGUGAUUUUUUAUUUUUUUUUCUCAUUCGGUUCACAUGCUUUAUUUUUUGAUCCUUUGCUUUGUAUUUCUUCAUGUGUUCUACGAUGUGUUAAUGUGCUUCAUUUGGGUUCAUUUGCUUUAUAUUGCUUCUAGUACUUUAUAUUUGGUUCACAUGCUUUAUUUGGUUUCAUACACUUUUUUACAUUGGCUCCAUGUGCUUUAUAUUGCUCCAUGUGCUUGACAUGGGUCUAUGUGCUUUUAAAGUCACUCCAUCUUAUGGUUGGCUACCUUACUGGAACCGAACCAGACUGACAUUAAGAGACCAAACGCUUCUUUCAUCUGAACUAGUGUCGUUACAAAAUGAUUGUUCUCCUUGCAUUGAUAGGUUGGAGCACUAGAUCAUGGGUAUAAAAACAACCUCGAUAGGACUAUGAUGGUUGACGAUCUGUCAGAAGGUCAUGUUUAUUAUGGCCUGAACCGUUACUGGCUGUACUGUAAAAGAGCUUGUUUUCCUUUUCUCCUGCUGAGAAUGGACAGGUGGUUGGACUUGAAUAAUUAUUCCACAGUCGUCAUUUUCAUAUGUCCAAAGGAAUUUGAUUGUCAAAAAAAAAAAGACUUCUCAGAGUGAUCUCACUCCUGACGUGCACAUGUGGAUAUAACAUCUUAAUUAAACAUACUGCAGCCUGGAACAUUACAAGCGAUCAACAAAGCAGAGCAAUGUAUGUAGACUUCCUUUCCUUACCUCUGAGUCUGUAACAAUUUGCCACGCCAUAUUGAUAAAAGCACUUUAACCGAUACCUUUAACUCAAAUCACUCACGUUAAAGCAAGGAGCAAUAAGAACGGGUAUUUUUGUUCACACAGGCUUUGCAUGGCCCAGUGUAACACGGGAUGUAUGUGUGGCAUUAAUAGUUUUACGGUAAGGUCAGGUACGAAUUUGGAUCUGUCUAUGCCACGUGCAAGACAGAGAUGCAGUCUAACGUUGACUUAAAUCAGACUAGGAUGAAUGCUUUUCUUCGUGAAUUCCCUUGCUCUACUACAGAUGGCGUCCACAGCAUGGCGAUUGUAUUUCCCACCAGCCACUCAUAAUUUUUUUUUUGUGUGUUUUUCUUCUUCUCGUAGAUCUCUGUUUUAAUGUCGGCUAAUUGAUCUCCAGUGAUUUGCAAUGUGUACUUCGCAAUAAUACAAAUAUUUUAUUUUCUAUACAAGUGAAUUCAAAUCUAUAAGUCAAUAUGUUAUAUAAAUAUAUAAUGUUACUGUAAAAUAUCAAACUGUAUGGAAAAAUGACACUAGUGACAACUGUGCACUGUAUUAUUGGUUAGCCUAGCUUAAGCAUUCCAAACCUCGGAUUAUGAAAACAAACUAAUGCAGUAAUGUUGAAAUGAAACAAUAUACCAAAUUAAAGUUGUAAUUUAUCAAAAUA